UUUGUCAUUUUCUCAAUGCGAGAAUUGUUUUGUUAAGUUGUGAGCAGCCACACAAACGCGAGGUGUCACUCCCUUAAAAUUAACGAAAUCAAAACAAAUUGAUAUAAAAGGAUGCAAAAAGCGUCCCAUAUCGCGCGAAACGAUUCCCAAGAAAAUAUUCCCCCAACCGUGAACAUGAAGAGGCGUACUUUAUCGGGUAACUCCGGCGUUGGUGUAUUUGUGCUGGCAUUUGCGUUAAUAGUCAUAGCAUUCGCCACACCUAGUUGGCUUGUGAGCGACUAUCGCAUAACUGGCGCUAAAUUGGAUCGUCUUGGAUUGUGGGUGCAUUGUUUUCGUUCACUGCCAGAUGUCAACGAUGACAAUCAACGCAGGUUCUUCGUUGGGUGCCGUUGGGUCUAUGAUCCUUUCACGACAGGCUAUGAUGAGAUACGUGGAUUUCUGAUGCCUGCAUUUAUGAUAGUGACACAGUUUUUCUAUACGAUAGCGUUUAUUGGUAUGUUAAUAUCUGGAAUUGCUGUUUUGGUGUUUAUAUUGUGUGCUGGACCGGACCAGAAACAUUUUAUAACGCUCAUAAAAUCGCUAGGAUUCGUACAGCUUGGAACUGGUAUUAGUGCAUCUAUAGCUGUGAUAGUGUUUGCUUGUUUUGGAAAUCGCAAUGGCUGGAUGCCUGAACAUGCCAACAACUGGUUUGGUUGGUCAUUCGUAUUUGCAUGUGUUGGCUCGGUGUUAUCCUUGGUAGCUGGUGUGCUAUUUCUAACUGAGGCCAAUGUGCAGGAACGAAAACGAAGGCAGUUUAAAGCUUCACAAACGCGUUUCGAAUUGGUCCAUGGAAAUGCCUAGUGUUGGUCUACUUCCAUCGAGGAAUUAACUCUUAUAAGUAAGAAGAGAAGGUAUGGUGUGCAAACACAACUAUAAUAAGCGACAAUAGAAUUGGUAACAUAAAAAAAAACAAAUUUUUAAUUCGAAUAAUGGAAAAUUUUAUUGAAAUUACUGCACUUUAAAAAUGACUAAAUGCAGUAUAGGAUUUCAGCAGAAUUUUCUCAGUAUUUUAUACAAGCCGUCCCUAAAUUUUAUUAAUAUUUAAAAGAACAAUUUUUUAUAAAUAAUUUUAGAAUAUAUAAAUACUACUAAGUAGAAGUCGAGGAAUAGUCGUAAGUUUAUGCAAUUCUAAUGAAAACAAUAUAUAUUAAAAACUGCUGCUGCAAGUAAAAGCCUAAAGCCUUAAAGUAAUAACAACCAUAGACUCAGUUGGUACUUAUUUAAUUAAACAAACUAUAGAGCGGAGUUCUCAUAUAUCAAAGACUGACUGAUUUUACAGCACAACGAAUCAAAGCGCUACAAUAAAAGCAAUGUUCUGAAGCUCAAAUAAUUUUUUAUAUAUUUUCAUAUAAUUUUAAUAAUUUACAUAUCCAUAGUCCAUAGUCUUCAAAUGUUUUUAUAUGCAAAAAAGAAAAAUGUUUGCAUAAAAGUUCACGUCAUGAGGUCAAGUACUCAAUUUUUUUUGUGUCAAUGAAUAACCAUUAUUAACAAUAUAAAUACUU